UCAGGACCUUUAUAACCCUGAUUGGAAACUAUCUGUUGGGACUCUGAGCUGGAGCAGGACACUGACAACAUCUAUGGUUAUUAUAAGUUAUAAAAAGAGGGAAGCAACAGGAAACCCCAAUCAGUGUUGACCCGCGGCAGACCCGUUCUGGAUUAAGAUGUCUCAUGAGAAAAGAUUCAAAGGGAUUCCCAUGUCAAAGUCGAUGAGAGGUUUGUGCAAAGAGGAGGAUUAUGAGUUUCUGGGAAUGUCGGGGAAGAUGACAAAAGAACCAACGGAGGGAGCUGAAGCUUUGGAGGACUACGGGAGACACGAUAAGGAGGAGCGGAUCCGUUGGCGACAGGAGAGGGAGCAGAACGAAAAGGAGAGACUACGAGAAAUAGAAGAAAGCAAAAAGGAGAAAGAGCAGCAGUGGAGGACUCAUGUGGAAAACCUGACCUCCAGCCAGGAGAAAACUCUGCAAGACAGACUGGCAAGACUCAGGAGAUUCAGGGAGUUCCAGAGGAAGGUGCUGGUCGAGGAGUCCGGGAUGGAGGGUGUGUCCGCCACCGUCACAGCCAACCAGCUGCUCACCAGGAUGUAGUGCACAAAAUAAGAGACUCAUCUUAAAUGUGCUUUUUGUUGCACCGGAACAUCAAUAAAAUAUAACUGUGUCAAAUGAGACAUUCAUGUAAAUUAUUCACAUAGCCUGAUGAAGAGAAUUUUUGCACGCAGAAAUGCAGCAAGACACA